GUAUCUGGGGCUGUGUCACCAGCAGACGGGGCAGAGAAUGUCCCUGCUGUCCCCCAAACCCCCUUCCCUCCCUGGAAGCCAUCACCUGGGCGGGGGAAGCACACACCACAAACAGUCCCUGUGCCCACACACUGCAUCUCUUUGCCUCCACGUUCCCAGCACUCCGGGCCUCACAUUUCCAGCUCCAGGGGGGGCUGCCCCCAGGGACCCAACACCUGCACGUCCACCAGGUGCCAGGACCACGUGUGCCCACAACCGUGGGUGCCACCUGGGCUCCAGCCAGCCUCACGAGUGCCAGGAGCAAUGUGUGCGAGGGCAAAGGCAAUUCACGCUCUUGCUUGAGCCACUGCAGGGGAUGUGUCCUGGGGAUGUGAGCGGGGGCGGCCCCAGGGGCUUCAGCCACAAAGGAAAGGGGAAAGGGCUGGAUAAGCCUUAAACACGGCAGGAGAGGAAGUGGAAAUCCAACCACGGCCACAGCAGAGCCAAACACCUGCUCCUCCACCCGCUCCCCUCACGCAACCUCACUCCCCUGAGCACACACACCACGCUCAGCAGCAGCAGCAGAAAGGCAGAACCGAGCUAUUUUUUAAAGCUGACGUCUUCUUAUUCCUCCCGAGCGGCCCCGGGGGGGCAAUCACGGCAUAACAAAGCCAAUUCAUAUCCUUCUACCCGAGCCGCGGAUCGGCCCGGCGUUCCGCAGACGCCUCAACGGCUCCCCGGUCAGACGGGAGCCACGGGGCAGCGAGUGGGAGAGGCGACCCAGGCGUCGCCGACGGUGCCAUCGCCCCGCAGCCUCCCCUGCCGUUGUGCCCCCGGAGGAGCGCCGUGCGACCGCGGACAGCACAACGGAGGCGGUGGGAGGCAGCAGCUCCCCGGCGGGGCUCCCCGAGCGAGCCGUGCCCAGCGGCCAUUUUGCAGAGGGAACGAUCUGACCGUUGCACCAAAAGAAACUACUUUGCAAGCCACUUCUUUAUGGGAGGCGAGAAGUUUGACACCCCUCACCCCGAGGGAUACCUUUUUGGUGAGAACAUGGAUCUCAACUUCCUUGGGAAUAGACCUGUUCAGUUUCCCUAUGUAACUCCAGCUCCCCAUGAGCCCGUGAAGACACUGAGAAGCUUGGUGAAUAUCCGCAAGGACUCUCUCCGCCUCGUGAGGUAUAAAGAUGAUGUGGAUAGUCCUACUGAGGAGAACGGGAAGCAGAAAGUCCUGUACAGCCUGGAGUUCACUUUUGAUGCAGAUGCUCGUGUUGCCAUCACAAUCUACUGCCAGGCUACAGAGGAGUUUGUUGGUGGCAUGGCCGUAUACAGCACAAAGAAUCCCUCUCUGCAGUCUGAGACGGUUCAUUACAAGAGAGGGGUAAGCCAGCAAUUCUCCCUGCCUUCCUUCAAGAUUGAUUUCUCAGACUGGAAGGAUGAUGAGCUGAACUUUGACUUGGACCGUGGUGUGUUUCCAGUGGUCAUCCGAGCAGUGGUGGAUGAAGGGGAUGUGGUGGUUGAGGUGACAGGCCAUGCCCACGUUCUUCUGGCUGCAUUUGAAAAGCACGUUGAUGGCAGUUUCUCCGUGAAGCCAUUAAAACAGAAGCAGAUUGUUGACCGUGUGAGCUACCUGCUUCAGGAGAUCUAUGGCAUUGAGAACAAAAACAACCAAGAGACCAAGCCUUCAGAUGAUGAGAACAGUGACAACAGCAACGAGUGUGUGGUUUGCCUGUCGGACCUCCGGGACACUCUCAUUCUGCCCUGCAGACACCUCUGUCUGUGUAAUUCCUGUGCUGACACCCUGCGCUACCAGGCCAACAACUGCCCCAUCUGCAGGCUGCCCUUCCGUGCCCUGCUGCAGAUCCGAGCUGUGAGGAAGAAGCCGGGGGCUCUGUCACCAGUGUCAUUCAGCCCCGUCCUGGCACAGAGCGUUGACCACGAUGAGCACUCUUGUCCCUUUAAACCCCCUAAAGUGAACACUGUCACCCUGCCCAGCAGGAAACCUAAAAGGAAAACAAGCUCUGACAACAUCCCUCCAGGCUAUGAGCCUAUUUCCUUGCUGGAAGCUCUGAAUGGCCUUCGCUCUGUGUCCCCCUCCAUCCCGUCAGCUCCUCUGUAUGAUGAAAUCAACUACUCUGGCAUGGUGGAUGGGAUGCCCCCUGCAAACCGACCACAUGUUGGGAUGGACAGAGCCGUGGAGAGCAGCCACCAGAAGGGCAAGCGGAGCAAGUCUCCAGAUAGCACGCUACGGUCUCCCUCAUCCCCAAUCCACGAGGAGGAUGAAGAGAAGCUCUCCGAGGACUCGGACUCACAGCCAGCACUGGGCGGGGGUGAGCUGGUCGUGAGGGAGACCAGCUCCCCAGAAAGUGUGGCAGGGGAAGAGAUGGAGGACAGCUCAUCCCUACAGAAGAGUGGCUGCCCUCCCUCUGUUGAAGACGUCCUGCAGGAUGGUGGCUGCGGUGAGCACAGGAGCCUGACGCAGUCGGACACUGACCCUCCAGUUGAUGUCUACCUGCCAGGUUCGUCCGACUUCACGCAGACGCCGCCCGGCCGCGGCUCCGCCAGCCCCACGCAGCCCCUUCUGUUCGAGCAGACGCGCCUGCACCUGGAGGACGAGCACCGCCUCUCGUGAGCGGCCCCGCGCCCGGAGCCGUGCCCGCGGGAUCCCCGGGGCGGGGCCGCGCCCGCGGCCGCGAGGGGCGGUUGGGACCGGGGAGGACGAACGCUGCCGCCGAUGUACGCUCCGCGCCCGCCCGGGACGGCGCCGCGGCCCCGCGCGUCUCCCCGGGAGCGCCGCGCACGGAGCGGAGCGCCGCGCCCCGUCCCGCCCCUUCCCGGCCGCGGGGACCGGGCGGCGCCGCCGUGUGCCUUCGUUCCGCUUCGUGCCCGGGCGGCGCCGCGCCGCGCGUUUCUACGUUUGUAGGAAUAAAGGCGCGGUGUGCCCCGCA